AUGCCCUUCUCUGUUACUGCCGAGUUGACUGCUGAUUCAGGAUGCGGCCAAGAUGAUUGUGUCCCUUGGUACAGGUCCGUGGCACCAAUUCAUUACCCUGUUUGUAUCGUUUGUAGUAUGGAAGCCUUCUCAAUUCUGGAAUGCUGGCUUUCUUUGGGGCGUAAGCGUAUGAUCUUGCAGAAAUUGAGAAAUAGCCCGUCACUGUUUAUUAACUAUGUAGUUUUUGAAAUUAAUAGUUUUUAUGUUUCCAUAAUUAAUUUCAUAAAGAUGUGCACAAUGCCAGAAGCUAAAGAUACAUUGAGGCCAAUAGAAGUUGCAGAUGAUAAGCUUGUGGUUUCAGAUGGACGCAAUCCAAGAUCGGUGAGUCCUGACAACUUUAAGAAGGAUGUAAAACGUCAACCGAAAGAUAUAUUAGGCGAAGUUUCAAAGACGCAUGAUGCGAUACAGACUCUGGAUAAGACUAUUUCAAACUUGGAGAUGGAAUUAGCCACAGCCACAGCUGGACAAAAUUCCCUACUUAGCGGUGCCCCCAUAUCAGCGAUAGUAGUUGCUAAGAAUACUGGCGAUCACAUUACUCGAUAUUUUCCUCAGUUGGAUAACAAAAAGCUCGAGGCUUUACCAAAUGGAAAAGGCCGGAGACCAGUGAUGCAGAGAUUCUCAAGUUGA